UGCAACGCUCAAACAUAUAAGGGCGCACCGCUGUUCCAGCAUCAGAGCAACACACCAUCCUCAAAUAUUUUUUUAUAGAAAGCAAUGAAUAAAAGCAUUGACACUCCUUCUUAUUUUUAAUAGUUUCAUUUGAUCGCUAAAAUUCUUGUGUAUUAAUCAGUGCAUCAGGAAUAGGGAACCGCAUCUCAUUAAAUAUUAUCCUUAAGACUUAAUCUUCAGAUUUGAUGUUAAGACAUUGAUGUAAUAUUUUUUUGUCGGCUUUUGAGAGAAAUACAGAUCGAACCCUAGAUUUAAAGGGCGAGUUUCUUUUGUGGCUUCACCGUCUAAGGGAUUCAUUCUGCGAAGCGCGGAGUCUCUUGGCGAAGCGAAGGAUGAAAGAAGUUGCUUCCAAAACAGAGAUGAGCCAGUUGAACAUCUCUCCCGAUGAGGACAGCUCCUGCAGCUCCAACAGCAAUGACUAUGCCAAGUACCCCAGCUCAGCGAAGGCACCCAUAAGAAGCCAGUAUGCAGAUGUUGAAGCAGAGGGUCAAAAUUUCCUACCUAACCACCAGCUGGCCAAAAAGAAAUAUGACACGGAAUAUCAUCCAGGUACCGCCUCCUUUGGGAUGUCGGUGUUCAACCUUGGAAAUGCCAUCAUGGGCAGCGGGAUCCUGGGCCUGUCCUAUGCCAUGGCUAACACAGGCAUCGCACUCUUUGUGAUUCUUCUGGUGGCAGUUUCUAUAUUCUCUCUUUACUCUGUGCACCUGCUGUUGAAGACUGCCAAUGAAGGAGGCUCAGUGGUGUAUGAACAGCUAGGUUACAAGGCCUUUGGUAUGCCUGGGAAGCUGGCAGCCUCAUGUUCCAUCACCAUGCAGAACAUUGGAGCCAUGUCAAGCUACCUCUACAUCGUGAAGUACGAGUUACCAACAGUGAUUCAAGCAUUCCUGGGAACAAAGGAGAAUGCUGGAGAGUUUUAUUUAAAUGGAGACUACCUUGUGGUUGUGGUUUCUCUGCUAGUUAUACUCCCCUUGUCGCUGCUACGGAACCUGGGUUACCUUGGUUACACCAGUGGAUUCUCCCUGCUUUGUAUGGUCUUCUUUUUAAUUGUGGUCAUCUACAAGAAGUUCCAGAUUCCCUGCCCUCUGCCAUUGGAGCAGGAUGCUGUGAAUGCAACUCUGAACCACACGAUCUCUCAAGUGUCGGCCCAUAUCCAGGAGCAUGUGAAGAAUGCCACGGACUACAGCAACAAUGUCUGUGCACCCAAAUACUUUGUGUUCAACUCUCAGACGGUGUAUGCCAUCCCCAUCCUGACAUUUGCCUUUGUGUGUCACCCUGCUGUGCUCCCCAUGUACGAUGAACUGAAGGAUCGUUCCCGGAGGAAGAUGCAGGCUGUGGCCAAUGUCUCCUUCCUUGCCAUGUUCAUUAUGUACCUCCUGGCAGCGCUCUUUGGCUAUCUGACCUUCCACGAGAAUGUGGAGCCAGAGUUGCUGCACACUUACUCCAUGGUGUACAAGUUUGACGUGGCUCUCCUCAUCGUGCGCCUGGCCGUGCUUACUGCGGUCACCCUGACAGUACCUGUGGUCCUCUUCCCAAUUCGUACCUCGGUCAACCAGCUUCUGUGCGCGUCCAAAGAUUUCAGCUGGCUACGUCACUCCGUCAUCACCAUCCUGCUCCUGGGUGGCACCAACGUACUGGUCAUCUUUGUUCCCACCAUCCGGGACAUUUUUGGAUUCAUCGGUGCUUCCGCUGCUGCAAUGCUGAUCUUCAUCCUCCCCUCUGCAUUCUACAUCAAACUGGUGAAGAAGGAGUCCAUGAAGUCGAUCCAGAAAAUUGGGGCAUCCUUCUUCCUCUGCAGUGGUUUCCUUGUCAUGAUAGGCUGCAUGAGCCUGAUUAUUCUAGACUGGGUCCAUAACGCUUUGUCUCAGCCUGAUGGCCACUAGGUGACUGCACCCCUAGAUGGACCCUCUGGGUCCUGCGCACACCCCUGAGCACAGCAUGCAGAAUGACCAGCGUCACCCUCCACAGGUGUGACACACAACAAAAAAGGAGAGGAGAGUUGCUUUGCCACAGCACUGAGCAGUUACCUAUAUCCCAUUCCCAGAGGAUGUAUGAAAACCUGUACAGAAUGCUCUUAUGCCACAUGGAUGGUAUUUUAAUUUCUGUUGCUGUUAUGAUUGUUAUUUCUCUAGUUUAGUUGGUGCAGUAUUAACUUUGCACUGUGCCUCAGACAGGAGUGGAGACCUGAUUCUGUCCAAACAAAGAGAAGAUUCAGGUAGCGGAAGCACUCGCCCUCCUUGUGUUUCUCCGGUGUGUCAGAACACAAGUGGUCAGUGCAUUUUACCUUCCUUGAGACUCACAGCUUUUGCAUCAUCGCUAUUACAAUGCACGGUUAAGAACCCUUAUAAAGAUCUUUAACUUUUUUGGCUUUGCCUAAAAUAUUCAGCACACUGAGGUAUUUUGGGGUGGUAUCAGAAGAGUGUAUUUUAUAUGAUCGUGCAAAUGGAAAUACCUGUAUAAUAGCUCUAGUAUCUAUCUACCUGUAUAAUUAGUAUUACCUUCACAAAAGGGUUUCUUGCACAAGUCUUACUAUGGUAAAAUAUGUAGAGUGAUACCAUCUAAACAGGAGGAAGUGAAUUUUUUUUUAAAGAAAGUCUUGAUUCUCUGGAAAAAGAGAUGUGAGUGCAUUGUCACUGUAAAAGCUUUUCGCUCAAAAGGACUUUGAAAGAAGGAUUUAACUGUACAUAGCCAUAAUAAUCAGUGUACCUCAUUUGUACUUUUCCACGUGUUAAGCAGAAUUAAAUAGUAUUUAAAACCAAGGCCCCACGACUUGCCUGAGCAAUUAGACGGUGGGGCCAAGGCACAGGAAAAAAAGUGUUUCCUCCAGCAGUAUCUCUGCAUUUUUACACUGUUGUCACAAAAUGUGGACUCCGUUCUUACCGUUGGCUGCUGAACAUCUGAUGGUCAACUGCACAUAACUGUCUCUCUAAGUCACCCCCUGUGCUGUUUUUCGUCAAGCUUACCGUUCCACGGUAAAUCUGGUGUGUCACUGUGCUUCCGAUGCAAACAACUCCUGAACAUAGUAACUGUUGGCCAUUAUUUAUGGAAAAACAGGAAAAUAAAAUAAUCAGUAAUCAAUUUUUCACUAUUUAUCUAUUGUAUAUAUGUAUAUAUUAGUUUAAUGUUCAAAAGCUUUAUUUUGUUUCAUCGGUUUGCUAUAAGUGUCAGCUAUAAUUUUGCAUAAUUCUCAUUGUUUUACGUGAGCCCUGCAAGGAUGGCCAUUAUUCUUGGAUAGAACAUUAAAAUAAACUGAUUAAAUCUUAAAUCUUAAAAUAAACUUAUAAGAUGAAUAAAUGAUU